AUGUCUGAUCAAGGGAGCCCCGCGAAGGUCCCUGACGGACAACCAGACCCAGUCCUCGUUGGACCGGGCCUAACAGCUCUAAAGGAUGAAGCGUACAAAGAUGCGACUAAUGCUACGCCAAGCUUGGCCACCGAUAAGAAACACCAGACGGAUAGUGAUGCGCCUUCCUACUUUGCCAGCAUCCCGGGUGUGAAUACCGCGGGACUGGGCUCCUCGGAUGGGGAUGGGCCUCCGCCCCCAGGCAGAAGGAGGACGUCUUCGGGACAAGAUCUCCUGCGCCGGUUGAGUCUUACCGGGGACGCAUCGCCCAUGUCGCCCGAGGUCGACCCUCGCACACAGCAUCCGGGGCUGAAGUUGAGUGGUCGACUGAUAAGCGCGGCCUUUUGUAUCCCAUACAAGCUCCAACAUCAAGCUGGGUCAGACUGGGAACUCAAGCCACGAUCUGGAACUUCGGCCCUCUUCGAUUCAUUCGCUCAUCUAGCUUCGAACGAUACCCAAUGGUCCCAUACUCUUGUGGGAUGGACUGGAGAGGUCGAGCCUGCGUCCGAUACGAAGAUCCCUCUGCAGCAAAUUCCAGUCAAUGCGGCGACCAAGCUACCGACCAGUGCCAGUGCUGCUGGCGCACUCCCACUCAACAAGGCUACGGCGCCAGUCCCGGUAAAUGCGAGCCAAAAAGCGCCCCCGCAUCCUCUGAUUGAUGGAAUCAGUGUUGAGAAAGAGGACCGGGAAAGACUCGAUGAGCAGUUGUCCACAGGACGUUAUGGCCGGAUCUUGCCAGUCUGGCUAUCGGAUGAGUCAGAGGAGCCAGAAGAUACCAUCGUCCUCAAAGAUCAAGGAAGGUGGCGCCGAUAUGCAGAGAGAGAACUUUAUCCUCUCUUGCAUUACAAGCAGCAUGGUCCAACCGACGGUCGUUCUGAGCAGCGGUGGUGGGCUGAUUAUACCCGCCUGAAUCAACUCUUUGCCGAUCGCAUUGCGGCGGACUACCAGGACGGAGAUGUGGUAUGGAUUCAUGAUUAUCAUCUUUUCCUGCUGCCCAGCCUGCUACGACAGCGCAUCCCAAAUAUCUACAUCGGCUUCUUCCUUCAUUCGCCGUUCCCCAGUAGCGAGUUCGUCCGAUGCCUCGCCAAGCGCAAGGAAGUGUUGACUGGGGUACUCGGCGCCAACAUGAUUGGUUUCCAGACCUUUUCUUAUUCGCGCCACUUCUCUUCAUGCUGCACUCGUGUCCUGGGAUUUGAGUCCAAUUCGGCCGGCGUUGACGCAUAUGGUGCGCACGUCGCCGUGGAUGUCUUCCCGAUAGGAAUCGACGCUCGUGCGAUCCAGCAGGCGGCCUUUGGUUCGCCAGACCUUGAAAAGACCGUGCAAGGCAUUCGCAAAUUGUAUGCUGGAAAGAAGAUCAUCGUCGGUCGUGACCGUCUGGACAGCGUUCGAGGUGUGGCUCAGAAGUUGCAAGCUUUCGAGAUCUUUUUGGAGAGGUACCCUAAAUGGCGAGACAAGGUAGUCCUCAUUCAAGUGACGAGCCCGACCAGUGUGGAAGAAGAGAAAGAAGAUCCCGAGAACAAGAUUGCCGGUCAGAUUGCCAAUCUUGUUUCCACGAUCAAUGGUCGCUUUGGUUCGCUCAGCUUCUCCCCGGUUCAGUACUACCCACAGUAUCUGUCCCAGAGGGAAUACUUUGCUCUUCUUCGUGUCGCCGACGUGGGUCUGAUCACCACCGUGCGCGACGGCAUGAACACCACGAGUUUAGAAUACAUUAUCUGCCAACAGACAAACCACAGUCCCCUCAUCCUUUCGGAAUUCUCGGGCACUGCGGGCACACUGCCCAGUGCCAUUCAUAUCAACCCUUGGGAUUUGGUGGGUGUCGCCCGCGCUAUCGACAAAGCUCUCGACAUGCCCGCCGAUCAACGCAAGGAUCAGCAUCUCAAGCUGUACAAGCACGUUAUCACCAACACCGUCAGCACCUGGUCCCGGCUGUUCCUCCACCGUCUCCUCACCAACCUUUCCUCCUUUGACCAGUCCGUCGCCACGCCCGCCUUGGACCGUGGGAAAUUAUUGAAGCAGUACCGCAAAGCACGCAGACGACUGUUCAUGUUCGACUACGACGGUACUCUCACGCCCAUUGUCAAAGACCCGCAGGCAGCUAUCCCGUCUGAUCGUGUCCUGCGCACCUUGAAGAGCCUGUCUGCCGACCCACGCAAUGCCGUCUGGAUCAUCAGUGGACGAGACCAAGCCUUUUUGGAUGAGUGGAUGGGCCAUCUCCCCGAACUCGGUCUCAGUGCCGAGCAUGGAUGCUUCAUCCGCAAGCCCCGGUCGGAUGACUGGGAGAACCUGGCCGAGAGCACCAAUAUGGGCUGGCAGAAGGAAGUGAUUGAUGUGUUCCAGCAUUACACCGAACGCACGCAGGGGUCAUUCAUUGAGCGCAAACGAGUGGCACUAACCUGGCACUAUCGCCGGGCCGACCCGGAGUAUGGAGCCUUCCAAGCACGUGAAUGCCGCAAGGCCCUUGAGGAUACCGUUGCCAAGCGCUGGGAUGUGGAGGUUAUGGCUGGCAAAGCCAAUCUUGAAGUGCGACCGACAUUCGUCAACAAGGGAUUCAUUGCAACCCGGUUGGUCAACGAGUAUGGCACGGAGCCUGGCAAGGCGCCGGAGUUUAUCCUGUGUCUGGGUGAUGACUUUACCGACGAAGAUAUGUUCCGUGCUCUCAAGAAAUUCGACCUUCCACAGGACCAUGUGUACUCGGUCACCGUCGGUGCCAGCUCGAAGCAGACGGAUGCUAGCUGGCACUUGCUCGAGCCGGCAGACGUCAUCAGUGCCUUGCAAAUGCUCAACAGCAAUUCCCACCAGGAUCAUUGA